UACGAGUAACUCGCAUUGUGUAGUUGAUUGUUCCGCUGACUUUUAUUUUGAAAUAAGUCGAACCUGAUGUUUCUUGCUUCCCUCAUCUGUCAGCAUUAGCUUUUAUAGCCAUCUGCACAUUUUGCCAGUUUAGUGCAGUCUGUGAAAUGUCUUCUGUCGAAAUAAAUUCCGUGAUGGAGAAUCUGGAGGAGAGAAUUGGAGAGGAUAUGGGGAUGGAAUAUGAGGAGCCCAUUACAGGACGAUAUGUUUUCUACAAGGACCGGAACGAGUGGGCUGACCUUGAACCUGUUCCUCAAGAUGAUGGACCCAACCCUGUGGUGAAGAUUGCUUAUUCAGAGAAAUUCACAGACGUGUACAACAUGUUUCGAGCACUCUUGAAGAACGAUGAGAAGAGUGAGAGAGCAUUUGCACUGACUUCCGAAGCCAUCGAUCUCAAUGCUGCCAAUUAUACAGUAUGGCACUACAGGAGAGUUUUACUGCAGGCUCUAGAUAAAGACCUGAGAGAAGAGAUGAAGUAUAUAACAGCCAUCAUCGAAGAUCAGCCCAAGAACUAUCAAGUCUGGCAUCACAGGCGGAUGGUGGUGGAGUGGCUGAAAGACCCCUCAGAGGAGCUGGAGUUUGUAGUAGAGAUACUCAGUCAAGAUGCGAAGAACUACCAUGCGUGGCAGCACAGACAGUGGGUCAUACAGGAGUAUAAACUGUGGGAUGGAGAACUGGAGUAUGUGGAGGAACUGUUAGAGGAUGACGUGAGAAAUAACUCGGCCUGGAAUCAGAGACAUUUUGUCAUCAGUCACACCAGUGGAUACACCGAUCCUGCCAUUCUAGACAGAGAAGUGCAGUACACACUAAAACAGAUCAAGAAAGCACCCCACAAUGAGAGCGCUUGGAACUAUUUAAAAGGGAUUCUGCAGGAUGGGGGACUUUCCUCAUACCCUGGACUGUUGGAACAAUUGAUGGAGCUGCAGGACUCAUGCAGUUCUCCUUAUCUCACCGCCUUCCUGGUCGACCUCUAUGAAGAUGGUCUGGAGACCAAAAACCUGAGCUUUAACCAGCAAGACACACUCAACAAGGCUGUGGAGCUUUGUAGGUUGCUAGCCGAUGAGAAUGACACCAUAAGAAAGGAAUACUGGAAUUACGUGUCACGUUCUCUCCAGAAAACGUAUGGCUCUGGUGACUCUGCCCCCUCUUCUUCUUACCCGCCCCAAUCCUCCUUCGUGCAGCUCGAUGAUGAUGAUCCCAGUGACCACUGAGGAGAACCACAACCUGAAUACAUACUUCGAGUGAGCAAGAAGAUAUACUGAGAGCUGAGAGGGCUCUUUAUCUGUAUGACUGUAUUAGUAAAAGCUUUGUUGUAGUACUUGUAUGUCAAAGAACGGCGCAAAAUAGCCAUAUGCUUAAGCAUUCAGUUCUCUAUGAGUGUUUAAGUUAUGAAGAAUUAAAUAGAAUUGUACUGUGGGAGUUUGAUGGUAAAUCAUAACAGACAUCUUAUGUUCAGACUUAUCAUUAAUGUUUAUUGGGGUCUCACAAAAACACGUCCAGGUCACAUUUCACUUUAAUAAAAAGAUAAAUAUGAUUAUUAUUAAUAAUAAUAAUAAUAAAUGUAACUUCCAUUAAUGGUAUUAAAUAGGUGCUUCAUUUUAUUUAUGCUAAAUAUAAUUAAGUACCUAUUUAAACCCAUUCAAAUUUGCAUUGUGAUAUUAUUUUCAUGAGAAACUCAGGGGGGUUGGUCAUUUGAAUUCUCAUUGAUUGUCCUUAUUAGAUUUUCAUUAGUUUAAUACACAUUUUGUUUUUGUUUUUCACAUUACAGUGUGAAUAUAAUUUCUUAUUUCAUCAUUUUAGUUUUUGAGUGAAAUAUGACCUGUGCGUAGUCUUGUUAAGUUUCGUGAGAGUCAACCUUUUGGCUUCUUUUAAGUUGGAUGACAAAUUUUGGUUAACUAUCAAAGCAAUUUUAUUCUUGCCAAAGCAAAUGCUGGUCUGUAUUACCAACAUUUCUCAUAUUGUAACUGUAAAGGUUUUUUAUUUGAGUUUUUUGUAUGUUCAGAAUUAAUAAUGACUAAUGAUAAAGCUGAACGAUUUUCCAGAUUUGUUUUGUCUAACGUUUAUUGUUUGGCAGAGAUUACUAAAAUGAGGAUCUAGAAAUAUAUUUUUA